AUGCCACUGUCACAAAUCGAAAAAAGCGUUACACAUUUACUCGUUGCUACCAAGCAACUACUGGAGACGUUGACACAGUGGUCCCGUGGCCAAGCUACUGACACGCAGGUUUCUGACGUCUAUGUCCGCCUCGGCUACGAGUUCAAUAUGGCCUGUCGAGCAUUCACCGCCAUCAACGUCGAUACAUCCGACUUGGGAAAUGUUCCCGAUUUAUUAAGACACAUUUUGGAGGCUACUCUAAGCCAGGAGGCCAGUUCCGAGAGUCUAGAGAAGUACCUGCCGCGCAUUCGAGAUAUCAUCAUCAACUUGCUCCAUGGCUUGAAACGAAAACAACAGCGACUACGGCAGAAGCAGGGAAGGGAGCGAGAUGUCAGCUUGCCUGAGAGAACAACUAGCGUCAGCACAACCGCCAGCGGCACCAGUGGCCUGACGAAUUUACUAGACGAGGGUUUGGAGAACGGAUACCGACCUGAUUCCUCACAACGUGCUGAGCCUUCUAUGCAAACAACUGCUUCUACAUCGCCGAAUCGGCGGUACAACCACCAACGAGACCAAGCCCGAGCCUCCAAUACGCCAGAUCAGCAAACCACGAUGCAGAAUAUCCCUUCGUUACCACCGUACCCGUCAGAAGAAAACACAAUACCAUCAUCGUCGUCCGCCGGGGAAUUGAAUAUCGAUGCAUUCCCGCCACCACCUCCACCACCACCAGAACCACAAUCAAGCGCAUUGGCGGCGCUACAGAAGGGAGGCGAUUUAGAGCGACGAGCAUCUCGGCGAUACUCCCAGUAUCAGAUUUCCAAACACUUGGGCGGAGCUGCAAAUGGGGUGCCCAUACUUCCGUCACAAACAACGCCGAUUCCGAACAGAGGCAGAAAAGAAGCGAGAGAGUCAUUGAGGGCCGUACAAUCUCGAGAGUCUGUACGUCACAGCCGUACCCUGUCGACCCAGUCCAAGUCUGCGACGCUGGAUUCCUCCCCAGCUCGAAUGCCUGGCGUACCCGAGGAUUCUGCGUCAUCCCAACAGCCUAACGGACCUGCUGAGCUGAGCAAUAGUCCAGCAGUGCCAAGCCCAGAGGAAAAAUACGCACCUAGUGCAACAUUGAACGGGCCCUUGCAAGAUCCUUCGUCAUUUAUGGGCGAAAACACUCGUUCGGAACCAGAAGUAAAGAAGACAACACCUCAGACAAAGCCAGACGAACCGCCGACCUUGCCCCAUCCCACAGAGUCAAAGCCUGGUGAAUCGUUCUUCCAAGUUUCGCCUCCACCAACUCCAACCAAAGACCUGACGUUGUUCCUUCAGUACAAGUCAAAGGUUAAGAAGAUUGUCCUUGCCGAAGGACGAGACGAGCUGUCAAUUGGUAGACUGCAGCUGGCCUUCAUUGAGAAAUUUUCGUGGAACACUCAGCAAAACGGCACUGAUUUGCCUGAAAUCUACAUUCAAGAUCCCGUGUCCGGUGUCCGACAUGAGCUGGAAGACCUCUUAGACGUGAAGGACCGGACGGUCUUGGUUCUCAACGUAGAACCGUUGGACGAAGUUAAGCGGCACUUCGACGACGGGCUACUGGCCCUAACCAAGAUUGUUAAAUCUAUGAAACAGAAUGUCGACGACCAAGGUACAACUCUUCAACGCGUGUCUGAUAGGCAGCAAGAAACGGCUACCGAAUUGGCGCGGUUGGCAACUGCUCCGCCAGUUGCACCGCCUGCUGAAGGUGGUACGAGAACGCUGCCUGGCGCAGGCCGUAGGUUGAAUGCUGGCCAAGCGGGAGAGCUGCAAAGCCUGCGCCGCGACUUGGCCGUUUUACGGCAAACGUAUUCUUCAUUCCAAUCCGAUGUCCAGAACUCGAUGGCUGCUAUCCGGCAAAAGGCUGCAAAUGUGAAGACUACUGCUGCCAAGGCGGCAAUUCCUGAUAUUGAAGGGGAUGCCGGCUACUCGUAUGUAACCAGUGGACGGAAACAACUCAACUCAGACUCGGAUCGUCUUGUGGGCAAGGUCGACGAUUUGCAAGAUUUGAUUGAGGAUCUGCGCAAGGACGUCGUUCAUCGCGGAGUCCGCCCACUUCCUCGUCAAUUGGAAGAGGUCGCCAAGGAUAUCACAAAUCUUACCAAGGAGCUCAAGAAGAUGGAAGAAUACAUGGCUAACGAGAAGCCCAUUUGGACCAAGAUUUGGGAGAAGGAGCUCGAGGAUGUGUGCCAAGGCCGGGACGAGCUACGCCUUAUGGAGGAUCUCAUGGUGGACCUGAAGGACGAUUUGGACAAGGCUUCGGAGACGUUUACUCUGGUAGAGCAGGCCACAAAGGAGCAAAUGAAGGACAAUGGCACUGGAGCCAGUGCAAGCACAGCAAGACAGUUCUCCAAAGGCCUUUCAAACCUUGGAAACAGCCUUGAUCAAAGCGCUGCGAAAGAGGAUCUCCUGGGAGAAGUGCGAGCCCUACAGCCAAAUCACGAGAACCGAUUGGAAGCUAUUGAGCGAGCCGAGAAACUAAGACAGAAAGAGCUGGAGGGCCGACGAGGCAACGCAAUGUUGCGAGAAAUCGCCAACUAUGUCCAAGAUGGCAAGCUGAAGAAAUCCGGCGGCUUUGAAGAGGUUGAACGUGCCAGGAAGGCCAAGGACGACAGGAUCCGCCGGGAGGUGUGGGAACGCCAGAACGGCAUCAUCCCUGAGAAUCCAAUUGGGGAAGAAGAGUCUCAACAAGAUGAACAGGGCGAGCACUCGGCCGACGGUGAGGAAUUCCACGAUGCCGCACCAACACCUGUGACCGAGGAAGCUCCUAGGGGAGCAACAGAGGCGACUGCUUAA